CAUGGCAGCGGCAUCGGCAGCGUCGGGCUCUCGCAAGCGCGCGGCCGCGGAUCAAGAGCCUACUGCGUGCAGAUCCUCUCCCGCCAAGAGGCGGAGAUACGCGCUCGGGAGUGCCGAUGACUACGAGCAGCUCGAGGUCGUCGGCGAGGGCUCCUUCGGCGUCGUCAUCAAGGCACGGGACCGCCGCACCGGAAGCAUGGUCGCGCUCAAGAGGCUCCACAGCGCCCUCGGCUUCGACGCCGUCAGGGUCGAGGCCGCCUGCCAGCACGCCUGCCGCGGCCACCCCUCCAUCGUGGAGAUCAAGAACGUCGUCGCCGACGCCAAGACGGGGGAGAUCUUCCUCGUCAUGGAGUUCGUCGGGAGCAGCCUUCGGGACCAGAUUAUGAGGUCGCGUCCGGAGGACCUGGUCCGCGAGAUGAUGCGGAAGCUCAUCGGCGCGGCCCACAAGAUGCACAGCUCGCGCGUCAUCCACCACGACAUCAAGCCGGAGAACAUCCUCGUCGGCUUCUUCGGUAGUAGAGGGAGAUAAGAUUUGAUAAACUUCAUUUGUCAUAUCUGGUCUUGUUAUUAGACAAAAUAUGCAGAAGUUUUUCUCCUCGAAAUGGGAGCAUCCAUAAUACUUUCGGAUGUAAGAUCAUAGUCAUGAUCAAUAUUAUGUGAUGAAUAAUUGGCUUGUAAAUUAAUAGAAUUUAGUGUGAAAACGGUUAUGGUGUUGGUGUGAGUGUGUGUAACUAAU